AUGUCCUCCUCACUCACUCGCCGUCUCCAGGCCCUCAAUGACGCCUAUAAAAUCACCCUAGCUCAAAUCGCCGAACUCCAGUCUCUACCCGCCACCAGUCCCGAUGCUUCGACACGCCGCGCCGAUCUCGCCAGUGACAUCCACGACUCCCUGAAAGAACAAGAAGACACUCUCGAGCUGCUCCGGCAAGAACUCGACGACGAGCCUCUCCCUGCGCGGCGUAACUCCAGCGAUGAGCGGUACACCGAGCGCGAGCGCAACGCCGACCUGGUCGGGCGUCUGACAGAAGACCUCCACACCGCCCGUACACGCUAUCGGCGCGCGCAACUGCAAGCGAAACGCAACGCGGACAACGCGAGGCAGAAGGAGCGCGAAGCGCUAUUCAAACGCAGUCGCGGCGAAGGCCAGGACGGUGCAGCACCACUACCACACGGCAGACGACCAGGGCAGGAGAAGUUGACGCAGGAGGAGAUCGCGCGGAACGCGUCAGAGGAUGUUACGAGGGCGCUGCGGCGGACACACGAUGUCAUGACGGCGAAUCUACAGCAGUCGCAGUUUGCACAGCAGACGCUGGACGAGAGUCAGGAUGCGUUGAAAGGGCUCGCAGAAAGUUACGGUGGCACCAGCGAUUUGCUCAAGAAUUCGCGGAGUCUGGUUGGGCAGCUGGUCAGGAGCAAUAAGAGCGAUACGUGGUACCUGCAGACGGCGUUUUACAUGCUUGUGGUAACAAUUUCGUGGUUGGUGUUCAGGCGGCUUCUGUAUGGACCACUUUGGUGGCUGGUAUGGCAGCCGUUACGGUUGAUGUGGUGGACUACCAUGAGUGCGGCGGGUGCUGUGGGUUUUGGAGGUGGUCACAGGAGCCUAGCAGAGAGCUCGUCGGUGUUGUCUAGCAGCCACGGGAUUCCGACCUUCGGGCCUGGGCAAAGAGUCCGGGUGGAGUUGGCGCCGAAAGGUGGUGGUUGGGGCGGGCAAGGUACCCCACCACCAAAAAACUCGCCUAUGGUUGAGGAGAUGGGCCAGAUGGCGGAAGAUGCUCAGCAAGGGACGGUAGUAGAUGAUAUCACUGAAGAGGAGAGACGAGAGCAAGAGGCUCAGCCGCGGAACCCGUACAAGCGGAUGAUGGACACGAAGGAUGAGCUAUGA